ACAACUAACCAUCGCAGCCCCUCAAGACCAAGAUCAAAAUCAGGUAUUUGUUUAUGUGAACCCUUUGCAUUUGAUUGUAUUACACGCUCUUGCUGGAAUAAUGGCAGCCAGUCCUGCCAGUUGCCUCGCAUUCUUAAAACAAAUCGGGCGGUUAAAGCACCUGAAAAGAACUGGUUGGGUUCUUCGCAAAGUGGAUGAGCCAGAGACUGUGUCAGGUCACAUGUACCGCAUGGCAAUCAUGUCAUUUUUGUUUGAUGAUGAUGAUGGUGUUGACAGAGACCGAGUGAUGAAGAUGUGCCUUGUGCAUGACAUGGCUGAGAGCAUUGUAGGAGACCUGACGCCACACUGUGGGGUUUCAGAUGAGGACAAGCACCAGCGUGAAGUUGCAGCCAUAGAGAGUUUUAGGUCUCUAGUCGGGCAAAAGGCUGGAACUGAGAUGUAUGAUCUAUUUAUGGAAUAUGAAGAACAGAAGACGAAAGAGGCAAAAGUGGUGAAAGACCUAGACAAGUUUGAUAUGAUUUUACAAGCAUUUGAGUAUGAAACUGAUCAGGAACGACCGGGAACACUGGAGGAAUUUUUCAAGUCAACUGAGGGAAAAUUCACUCACCCAAAGAUAAUAAAAUUGAUAGAACAGCUUUAUAAAGAGAGAGGUGAGAAGCUCAAAUCUUAUUGAUGUAAAGCAGUGGGGUAACCUUAUUUAAGGAGACUUUCUGGGAGCUUACCUUAGAAAUAAUUUUGUUAAACAUUAAGCAGAAUUUUUAAUGUGAUGGUCAGCAAUCUAUCUAUUUACUAGGGUGAAAUUCCUCAUAAAAUGGAAGGAGAUAAAGUGCCUACAUGUAUGCAUUGAUAUUCACAAACAUUCUUCCACAUAGUAACCUACAGGACUUGAGGGGAAAGACUGAUCCUCAUUGAUCACAUUGUGUGGGGAUCAGAUUAAUUAAUUUUGGUAUUUUAUUGUAUCAUUUGUACAUUACAUUGAUAACAGGUGAAUCACAAGAAAGUACCAUAGUAAUAUAUCUUCAGCACUUGUCCCUUUCACUUGUAUCUUAAGUUGGUAAUGACUAUGUUGUCCAACAAGAGCUAGAGGUUCAGGUCGUUGAUAGGCACUGAAAAGCAAUAGUACAGAGGUUCAAUUGCACAGACAUUUUCAUCCAUCAGUUUGCAGUGGUACAGAUGCAAACCUCAGUCAUUUCCCAGCCUCUAGAGCCAUGCUUUUUGUGUCUUCAAGAACUGUGGAUCAUUGUGAAGAUUUCAAUCACAGUUCCUUGUACAUCUAUAGUGGAACCAGAGUAACUUGGUUUUCAGGGUGUUGGCUGUUCCUGUCCCAUAUUGCUGUCACGUUCACAAUCGACAAGCAUAUGAACACCUCUCUUUUGCUCAUACUGUUAUCUUUUGCCUUUACUAUUCCAAAAUUAUAAGUUGUUAUAUAUGACUACAUGUUUUUUUGAAUGGCUUUCAAUUUGAUGAUGGAACAAUGACACUAUAUCUUCUGCUACACUUGGCAACAUGUAUGAGCCAUGUGGUACUGCCAUCCCAGUGUCCUUGACAUGUGAAUCCCCCAGGUUGUGCCCUGUUGGCCAUGGUCAGGUCAGGUCACUCCAGGGUUGAGGUGGCAACAGUGUGGAAAGGUACACCCAACACCCCGAGUGCCAAGUUAGUCUGGUUACUCUAUAAUAUAUCUACACCUGAUGUGGAAGAUACAUACCAUUUUUGUACCCAAGAGGAAAUGUAAAAGGAAUUGACAACACCAAUAAUGAUUUGUCUAGAGGCCACAAAGCUUUUAUUAUAGCCUCUUUUAUAUCCCUCUGCCAGUUCAUGCAUACAUAUACCAAGGCUGUCUCCCCAAAAAGCAGGGUAGCCAAGACAAGGCACACAACUAUCAUAUUCACUCUCAUUUACACCAUUCUCUUAGCCCCUUGACUCCUGACAGAGAAGAGAAAAGUACUUCUGCCCUCAGUUUAUGGGGAUCAGCCCCACAGCUUCAACAGUGGCUCCUUCAUAGCAAGUUUUCUCUCCUACCACACCCAAUUGUAACACAACUAUGUGAGACUACUGAUGUUUGGUGCCUCCCUCAGAGGUUGCAGGGUCUCGUCAUUCCUCAUGCACUCGCAACUUUCCACUUGCUUCUGUCAUGCACGAUCAUUCUACUGUGCUCUGGUGUUAGUCCUCUUCCCUAAAAGGCCUCCCCAACACCAUCCAUCCAUCCCUUACGUGGCAUAUGUCACAAGUUCACACCCCUCACAAGUGUGAGAAGUGUGAACUUGCUGCCAAUAACUACUAAUUUUAUGAUGUAACAUUUUAAAAUUACUAAUAGCAUUAGUGAAUUACAAAAUAAUAAAAGUUACUGUAUAUUUUGGUGAAUAAAA